AUGCAGACGGGGAACACCAUCUUUGUCGGAUUGGGAGCCUCUGGCCAAGGGUCACGGGCGUAUGGAUGGGCUGGGUCGCUCACAGCGAUUGGAUGUUUUGUCGUGGGUAGUUUUCUGUUUGCACGACUGCAUCGCACCUUGGGGGCGCGACGACGCGGCAGUUUGAUGCUGUCAUUCGCGAUUCAAGCGGGCUUGAUCAUUCUGACAGCUGGACUGGUGCAAGGUGGGGUGGUUUCUAGCGUUCUUGCGGGGGGUGGAAAUAGCAAUCCGAAGGGGACGCAUCUUUGGAAUGAAGAGAUUCCGAUUGUGUUGCUGAGUCUCCAGUCGGCGGGUCAGAUUGUGGCGAGUCGCACGUUAGGAUUCAACGAGAUCCCUACAGUGGUGAUCACAAGUCUUCUAUGCGAUCUUGUGUCGGAUCCGAAGCUAUUUCUACUGCGGAAUGAAAAGCGCGAUCGAAGGGUAAUUGCUUUUGUGCUCACGCUGGUGGGGGCGAUUAUUGGCGGAUGGAUGACGAAGGCGACGCAGCAGAUCGUGCCGGUGCUCUGGCUGUCGGGGGGGGCUCAAGCUUGUUCUCGCAGGAGUUUGGGGGUUCUGGACGACGGUUUAGAUUAA